CCAACUUUCUGCUCCCCUUUCAUUCGUGCAUGCUGUCCUUCAUUGUCAUUGCUAGGCAACUGGGAAUGCUGACAUGCCUGCACCCUAGUUCCACCCCCUUUGUCCAGCGACGACAGGCUCAGCGUUGGCCCCCGUGCUGCACAUCCCUGCGGACCUUGAUCCUGGGAUGGAAGUCCUCCUCAUCAUUGGUGUCUUCAUCUGACCAAGGGCUAAACCUGCACUUUGUGAUCUGGCAGUGGGCAUGACUAAACGCUGGCAGCAUUUCUAAAGGAAAUUCUUUCUAAUCCCUGAGCUUCCACUGCUCGCUGCUGCCUUAGAAAGUGCCUUGUGAAAAGCUCCAGAGCUGGAAAUACUGCAGUCCCCCUCGUAUGGAGCAGAGGAGGGGGACUUUCUCUCCACCACCCAGGAGGCUCUUUUGUCUGUCCAGCGGAGGAGAAAGAUCUGACCUGACGAAUGCAUAACUGCCCAAAAAAAAGCUGAUGUAAUCUUUGCAUGGACGUUCCACCUUGGUCAAGGGAUAAGUUUUGCUCUUUAUUUGACUUUAUUCACUUUUCAUUGAAAUGCCCUGAUUGAAGUGUACAAAGCUGAAAGGCAGCAGGAUGAAUGUAGAUGAUAAUGUGGAGGAAUCGACCAGGAAUGGAUUUGGGUCCCCAUUGCUCUACGAUGAUGAUGAUGGUAAUGGAAAUGUUAAUGCUGUUAAGAUUCCCAAGUAUUCGAACUGUGAACCAAAUCUAAACUCCAGUGCUCCCGCUAUUACUAUCAGAUAUGGUGAUGGUAAUGAUUCUAUGCUUAAGGAUCACAAUGGAGUGGAGCUGGGGGAGAGUGUGGACCAUCUAAAAAACACUCAUGACAGUAUGAGGUUACACCAAAUUGAAUUUGACGAAACUGUGGAUUAUGUCAAUAAGGAAUCUUCUGAAAAAAUACUUUUAUACCCCAGUAAGGUCCUUUUACCUCCAGAACAUGAAUCCACACACAAUGGCCGUAUGGCAGAAACAAUACGUUUGGUGGAUACAAACACAUUCGAUUUUGAGGAAACUGUGGAUUAUGUGAAUAAGGAAUCCUUUUCCAUUCCCAGUAUGAUCCCUUUGUCUCCACCACAGGCAUUCACCACACAUCCCAAUUCUUUAAAAUAUGAGCACAGUAGUUUGAAUGCUGACAAGUCUAUGCCUUAUAUACAAAAGACAAAUGAAGCACAAUAUAGGAAGAUGGAGUCUACAAGGACUUCACAGUUCACUGUAAAGGAAACUGAUGAACCCUGUAAGAAUGUUCUGAAGGAACAGGUAGAGAUGGGUGCCCUUUUUUCCAAACAAAAAGACUCAGAGCUACCAACAAUGAGUUUGUUUUUUAUGUCAUGGGACUCUAUUAAUGCAGAAUGUAUGAGGAAAAACAGUGUUUCUAGUGGCUCUGAAAAGCCAUUGAGUGCUUCUUUACUGGAAAGUUCCAUGUUACCAAAUGCCACCACUGAAGUGUUUUCAGAGUCCUUGAAGUGGUUAAACAGUAUCCCUGGCAGCUAUCCAAAUGAUGAACAGCCCACUAAGGACUUGAGUUAUUUUGAAGUGCCUCCACAUAAUAGAGAUUCCAAAGAAAGGGUGCUCAACAAUAUGGGUGCAGAAUUUAUAGAACAUGUAACAGACACAGACGUGACCACUAGCAAUACCCCCAAAGAAGACUACAAACCUGAUAACCAAGUUCUAAACGUUGGCCCAGUCAUGAAAAUUAAGGAUUCAAACAAAAAUAACUUGUGUUCUGCUCCUUGUACAGAAGAAGCCAUAAUUCCAGUUCUACGUAUAGAGGAAACUGACCUUGACACACACAACGUAAAUGGUGGCUCUGUUAAAUCCUCUUGUGGAACACAGUCUUUAAGCUCAGAGUCUAAAGACUUGUUAACUAACGUAACUGGGAACAACUGUGAGGAUACUUUCUUAAUUGAAAGUCCUUGUUCACAAACUGGUGCUAAGACGUACACUUCCACGCCUCUGUCAGAGUCAAAAAACAUGACUUUCUGUGUUCCAGUGAUAGAGGAUAUUGGACAGAUUGAUAUACCCAAAAAUCCAGAUUCUGUAAGGGACUUUUACCAGGAAAGUGCUGUAGACGUUGCUAAAUCUUUCAUCGGGAAUGUUAUAGCAAAACAAGCUAAUAGGAAAACUGUCACAAUACCGUCUGUUCCAAAGGCCAAGAAAAAUGAAGUGGUGAACUUUCCCAAACCCAAUUUUAAAAAUGUAAAGGCAAAAGUGCUGAGUAGACCUGCAUUAAUCAUAAAGGAUUAUCCUUCUUCAACCACUUCUAAAUUUUCUCCAAGGUCCCCGCAGUCUCAAUCUAAUGUAUCUUCACCUGUAGCAUCACCUCGGGCCCCUGCUUCUGCCAUCAAAACACUGAAGAAAAAACCUGUUCCUGAUCAGGACCUGAAAGCAGAAGCUGCUAUUGCUAAAUCUCAGAAGCAACCAAUUAAUAGACAGAUCUUCCCAGGCCAACCUGCACAUGCCCCAACCCAUACUAAAUAUGCUUUAGGUAAAGCUCCCAGAACGGCUGUUUUGAAGCAGUCGCAGGAUGAGAUUGAGAGAGCAAGUUCGUCAAAUUCAACACGCUCCUCUGGAUCAGCUGCUGUCUUAACCUGUACAACCAGCUCCAGAGUGACAGACAAGGCAAAGACCGUUUCGAAGACUUCUGCUGUGAAUGGUGAACACAUGGGGCCAGAUAAAACCAAGCAGAAUGGCCUUAUAGAUGCUCCAUAUGAAAAAACGGAAUUCCAGAAAGAAGAUGGCACUUCUGGUGAUCUAUUUAGCAACGUAUCAUCAUUUUCUACAAGGAUAGCCACUCCAAGCAAGAUAUUACAUAAGGAGCUGUUGUCCUGUCUGAAAAGUACAACGUCUCAAGUCUCUACGGCAAAAGCAAGACUUUAUUCUGCCGAACUCAGACGUGGAAGUCUAACGAAAAAUGUGGUCACUCUCAGAGUGUCAUCUCCUCCUAGGGCAAACCAGCAAUCGAGUGUUGGCAAGAGCCUUGUGGGAGCUCGGACUCCUUCCAAAGGAAAGUCUAGUAUUGUAAAAGCUUCAGCUGUGAUUGGGACAAGAUCUUUGCCUAGAACAAGAGUCCCAAGCAAAAUACCUACUCUCCAGAGGACUCCUAGUGUGUCUUCAGUAUGCAGCACCCAGAGCGAUCACAGCACUCUGAGUUCCAGGUCUACAAAUGCCACAAAUAAGACUGAUGAAGUCCCCGCAAAAUGUAUCAAGCAAAAUGGACCAUCUGGAGCUCAUACUGCAAAGGUUACCUUCCCAAGAGCUAGGUCGCAGUCUCUGAAAGUCACGCAGACUGUUGGUACAAAGAAAAGCCCCGUAUUACCCCCAGGAGUCGCAAAAUCAUCGGGCUCAUCAGGACUUUUAACAAAGCGACUAGAAAAUAAAGUUACUACUGGAGGUCCUCUUGGGCUACAAGGCUUAAUUGAUAAAGGCAAGCAGAAGACGAGCCCCAGAGGACCGGUUACGCAGGCACAGACUGCACCUGUCGAUGCACAAGCUCUUGAAUUGGCACAAUGUAAGGCGGUAUGUGAAGAACAGCGUGGCAUCAUCAAACAUCUAAAGAACCUAAUCACAAGCGGCAAUCAGAAGUUUGAAGCUCUCACUGUAGUCAUACAGCAUGUGCUCAACCAGCGAGAAGAGGCUCUGAAGAAACGUAAAGAGUUUUCUCAGGAACUUCAGAACUUGCGGGGAGACUUGCUGUCUGCGUCUGGCACAUGUGAAAAGCUCGAGAAGGAGAAGAAUGACUUGCUAGUAGCUUAUGAAGGCAUUUUGCAGAAGGUGAAAGAUGAACACUUUGCUGAGCUGAAUGACCUGGAGGAGAAACUCAAACAGUUCUACACUGGCGAAUGUGAGAAACUUCAGACCAUCUUCAUUGAGGAAGCCGAGAAAUACAAAACAGAACUUCAGGAGAAGGUUGAUGACCUCAACGUCACUCAUGAAACCUACAGGGAUGCAGCUGAAGCAAGUCAUGCUGAGGAAGUAAAAACCAUAAAGGAAGAAUAUGAAAAAUCAUUUACAGAACUGAAAGACAGUCAAGAACGAGACAAUAAGCUCCUGGAAGUAUCCUUUAAAGAAAAGCAGGCAGAGCUAGAGAAAAAAAUUGAAGAGUUAAGACAAGAGAAUGAAUCUCUGAAGGAGAAGCUGAAAGCUGAGGAGGAACAAAGAAAAUUAUCCAAAGAGAAAACCAGACAGAAGAACCCUCAGGUGAUGUAUCUGGAGCAGGAACUGGAGAGUCUAAAAGCAGUAUUAGAGAUUAAGAAUGAGAAAUUACAUCAGCAAGACAAAAAGCUUAUGCAGAUUGAGAAACUGGUUGAGACCAACACAAUCCUGGUGGAAAGACUGAACAAAUGUCAGCAAGAAAAUGAAGAUCUCAAAGCUCGUAUGGCAAAUCACGUAGCUCUCUCAAGGCAGCUGUCCACAGAGCAAGAAGUUUUGCAAAGGUCUCUGGAGAAGGAAUCCAAAGCGAACAAACGUCUCUCGAUGGAGAAUGAAGAACUUCUCUGGAAGUUACACAAUGGUGACCUAUGCAGCCCCAAAAAGCUGUCUCCAUCUUCCCCGGGUAUUCCUUUCCAUCCUCGGAACUCUGGAUCGUUUUCCAGUCCGACAGUGUCACCCAGAUGACACCACUUUAUCAUUAAACAUUAAAACAAAAAACUCUUCCGACAUUUCAGGAAAGUCGUGGUGAGAUUGCUUUGGACAGAAACAAUGGAAACUAAGGCUAUAUUAGCUACCUAACCAUUACAAGAUGACUGGAAUUUGGGAUUUGGGUUCAUGGUUCUCUAACCCACUGGAAUAUGAAGGAGCAACUGAAUAAUGUUGUUCUUUCAGCUAAAGAGAAGACUUUAUGGUAAAAAAAAAAUAUAUAUAUGGACGUUGUUGCACAAAGCACUUACCUAGCAAGAUACAACUAUUCUUGCAUUUUGCCUUUUUUCACCUACAGCAAGUACAUAGGGAAAAAAGCUCAGGGCUUGUAAAUAAAUCACAAACUUUCUAAAGUUUCUUUAUUCACCUGUUAAUUGUUUUUCCCAUUGGACUGGGUGCUUGUGAAGUGAAUGAGAUGGAUGUUACACACAUGGCAUGUCUGCCUCAUGCUGCCUGUUUUUUUUUUUUCGCGUGUAUUUUUUUUUCUUUUUGCCACCAUCUCCCGCACUGUUAUCUGUACAGCUUAUGAACUUGUGCAAUCUGCACAGCUUAUAUUUGCCUUGUAGAGCAUCAGAACACCAUCCAUUAAUUGAGGUUCUGUGGUCUUGUCCAUGUGGCUUUCUCAGUCCUUCAAAUGUGGACUUAUUGACUUUUAUAUGCCUUUGUGAAAUAAAAUGUCUGCUGCUUUUCAUCUGUAAUAAGUGAUUAUCCAUCUUGUACAUGGUUGUGUACUUUUUGGACUAUGCAAAAGGCACCACAUUGGUGUUUUACUGUUCACCUGCAUUACACAACUUGUAUUCUAGUGCAAACAAUAACAUCUCCGAUAACGAAUGAGAAGCUUGCCAUGUCAUAAGAUGGGUAAUUGCCAUCUGUCAAUACAUGCCUCAUUUUCAAGUCAGUUUGUUUUGACUUCGACCAAAUGAAGGGAGGGGAAGAAAUUGGACACAAUCUUUGUACCUGCCUUGAAAAAUCCAUCCGAAGACAGCCAACCCGGGACUGUUCAGAUUUGUUUUUGUUUUUUUUUGUUCACAAUUUAUAAUCUGUUUGCAUUGAAAUUAAUCUGUAAGAAAGUACCAUAUUUCAAGCAUUUGUAAAAAAAAGUUUCCAAAGAGUUUUAUAAUGUAACGGCCUACAAGAAAUGCUUUUUGUUCUGUACAUUUUUUAUUUUUUUUCCCUAGCUCUCUGCUUAGUUUUUAUCCAUGCAAUUCUUCCGUCGGUUGCCUCUUGGUUUCCUUGGUUAGAUAUUUCAGGCCUGUGACCAACAUGUAUUGGUUUGGACCCCUGAUUUAAUCUUGUUGCAAUUUUAAUUUUGAACACCAAACUGUCAAAUUUGGGCACGGAAAAUGGAAAUGUUUUGUGUAGUUUUGAUUAUAAUUUUUUUUUUUUUUCAUGUUUCAUCUGUAUCAUGCAAUUGUGUGUAGCUUCUAGCAUACUUGGAUGUAAAAAGAAAUAUUGAAGCUGUAGUUGCUUGGUUUGUAAUGAUGGAAAUAUAUUCUGAUGUUUAAGAGAAUAAAUUUAUUGGUGCAAUAAUUUACUUCA